GAACAAAAUUCCAGAACUAUUUUUAAUAUUUUUGUUUUUUUCAGAAACUUUGCAACCAAUUUUGUCAAAUAAUAAUAUUUGUAGAGUUGAAUGUGAUAAGGCUCCGAGUCCUGGAAACUUGGCAACGUGGCACGUGUGGUCCAUCUGCUUCACGGCGUGGCGGUUGCUAUCAAUCAAGUUUGAGCAACUUUAUCAAAGAAACUUCUUCUUAACUUUGGUUGAAAUUCAACUGUAAAUUUUCUCUGUGGGUUUUGCUCAAAACGAAGCUGAGGCUCUCUGAUUUUGUCACUUUUAAGAAUGGCAAGUCCUAUGGAGAAGGAGAGUCAUAACGUUAUUAAUGAUGAAAUUGUGUCGGUGGAGCUUCCUGCACCUCCUUCCUGGAAAAAAUUGUUCAUUCCGAAGCAAGGGAGUACACCAAAGAGGAAUGAGGUUGUAUUUAUUGCUCCAACAGGAGAGGAGUUCAAGAACCGCAAACAGUUGGAGCAGUAUCUCAAAUCACACCCUGGUAACCCUGCAAUAUCAGAAUUUGACUGGAGUACCGGCGAGACUCCAAGGAGAUCAACAAGGAUCAGUGAGAAGGCAAAGGCAAUGAGACCACAAUCACUACUUGAAUCACCAAAGAAAAGACGCCGAACAUCAUCUGGUGCAAAGAAAGAUAGCAAGGAAGCAGAAGCUGCAAGAGUUGACCAGGAAAGUUCAGAAACGAAAGAGAUGGAAUCUGCCAAAGAAGAAAAUGAAAACUUGGAGAAGAAAGAUGGAGGAGCAGAAGCUGAAAUGGAUGACAAGGGGAAGAAAGAGGUGGAAGCUGCGGAUGAAGAGGCAGAGGGCAUGAAGGGUGCUAAACUACACCCGGAGGAGAAGCCAGAAUCUGAACCCGGAAAAGUUGACAGUGCUGAUGAUGGCAAACAGGACAAGUCAGAAAAUGCAAAGAUUGAGGACAAACAAGUAUCUGGAGAAAAGCUGGAGUCUCAAAGUGACAAAGAAAGUCCUGCAGCUGAUGUGAAUGAGAACAAGCCAGAAGUUGUCACCGCAGAAGGGAUCAAUGAAGCAGUAGGAGGAAGUUCCAAAGAUGUGGAAAAUGUUGUUAAUGGGGAAUCUAAUGAUGGCGAAAAUAGGUCGCAGGAAGAGGAGAAAGAAAUGAAAGGAACUGAUUUGGUUAUGGGAAAUAACAAGAUUAACCAACCAGGGCCGGCUCAUUCCCAACAGCAUCAGUCACCUGCACCUAUUAGCUGCUGAAUGUAUCAUCUGAAUCACCCUUUAGGACAUCUCAUGUUACAUGUUUACUGACUUUUGGAUUCAAUUUGAUUACUGUAAUAUCAAUCUGUGGUAGUUUAGGGUCUAGAUUUCUUUUAUGUGUAUGUAGUUUGUUUUCUAUUGUGAUACGCUGAUCUGUUACUAAACCUUGAUGUAGAAUGUCUUGGCAGAAUCAGUGAGUUUACGUUUUUCUA